CUUUUUUUAAUACACAUAUCUAUUUAACUCUGCUCUUCUCAGACGGAAACGCACAAUGGUCUCGCCUGCAACCGGACAUGCAGCAGCUGCAGCGAGUUCCACAUCGUCGGCCUCGACGGCUGCUGCUGGUGCUGUGCCUGCCGCUGCGUCGUCUGCUGCCGUUCGCCAGGCACUGUCGCAAUGGGACGAGCUCGCGCCGCUGUCUGAGCGCCAGAAGGACGCCGUGCUUGAUCUGUCGAUGGUCGCUGGCUGGGUUCCAAUGCCGCAGCUGCCGCUCGCUUCAGCGACUCCGGCCACUCCAGCUGCUUCGUCAGGGUCAUCUGUCGGCUCUACAGCAGCAGCAGCAGCAGCAGCAGCAGCAGCAGCAGCAGCAGCAGCAGCAGCAGCAGCAGCAGCAGCAGCAGCAGUAGGAGGAGGAGCAUCGCUUGCACUCGCGUCCAGUGAGCACUCUGCCGCGCUGGCAGCAGCAAACUCGUCCGCCCCAGACGGUCCCAUCGAGACUGCGCAGCAGUUCUUUGGUUGGUUUGCCAGCGUUGAGAUGCGCAUGGAAGGCGAGCAGGAAGAGUCAUACAGAUCGUACAUCGACCUGCUCAGCAGGCACCGUGCGCGUUGCGACGAGAUUUUGGCGAAUAUCGACUCGGCGCUUGACGCGUUGAAUGGGAUGCACGAGCAGUACACAUCCGUCUCGACCAAGACAACGGCGCUGCAUGAUGCUUGUCAGCUAUUGCUGCGCGACCAAAAUCAUCUGGUUCGCGUGCUCGAGAACAUUGGCACAAAGCUCGCGUACUUUAGCGAGGUCGAAGCAUGCAGCCGCUUCCUCAACGAUCCCGUUGUCACUGUCAACAGCGACCGGUUCAUUCCGACGCUGACUCGCAUCGACGAGUGCAUUGCCUUCAUUUCGCAGCACCGCCACUUUAAGGACGCCGAGGUGUACCUGACUCGUUUCCGCCAAAACCAAAGUCGAGCGCUCACGCUCAUCAAGCUGCACAUUGUUUCAGCUCUCAAAACCGCGACACAGCAAUGUGAAAUUAAGAAGGAGCUGAACGCUCGCUCUACCGCUUCGACGUUAAACCAAGCACAAGCCGCGAGUGGCGUGAAUGCUGGUUCUGUUUCCGGCGCCGCAGGCACAGCCAACUCGUCUUCCACGGAAGCGCUGUUCGCCCUUCAUUACACCAAGUUCCGCACAUACGCGCCGCGCAUUAAGGCUCUGGCAGUCGAGAUUGAGUCGCGGUGCAAGGAAGAUGGUUCGCCCUACCAAUCGCUCUUGCAGGACUGCUUGAAUUGCUACUUUGGCCAGCGUCACGCGCUCCUUGAUCACACGGUGCACGAGGCCAUUUCGAGGAUGCAAGCCGAGAGUGGAUCUGAUAUGGCUCAGCUGUUGCGUCACGCCAGUGCCUACUUGAUUCGGAUCUGCCAAAACGAAAUCAAGCUCUAUCACCACUUCUUUUCUAUCGAGACCCCUGGUCUCGAAUCGUUGCAGGAUCAACUGUCUGGCAUCCUGUACGACGCCAUUCGUCCUAGUAUCAUCCAGCAAAACAAUGUGGAGCAACUGAUGGAGCUCUGCGAGAUUGUGUCUGCUGAAAUUCUGGCCGACCCGACUGUUCCAGCGCUUGCGUUCGAAGCCGUGGCGCUGCAGAUUUUGGAGGAUUUGCAGCAGCGCCUCGUGUUUCGUGUGCAGGCCUAUGUGCGGUCUGACAUUCAACUUUGGCAGCCAACCGCGGACGAUUUGGCCUACCCUGAAAAGUUCCUGAACGCAGUGUCGCCACAGCCCCUUCCCGCCCAAAGCCCAACCGAGUUGGCUUCGGGCCAGUCAACCCCUGCCACUGCCGCGACUCCACGGCAUCCAUCAAACCAGUUUACACUCUGGUUCCCGACUCUUCAACGUUCGUUGGUUUUGCUAUCUCGGCUUUACCGCUGUAUCGAUAAACGCAUCUUUGAGGGCAUUUCGCAGCACACUGUGAGCGUGUGCAUUCAGUCGCUGGUUGCCGCUUCGAACGCGAUCGCUGCAAAGAAGGGUCCUUUGGAUGGCGAGCUCUUUCUCAUCAAGCAUCUGCUUGUGCUGCGAGAGCAGCUGUCCCCGUUUGAUGUCGAGUUUGCGGUGCUGGAAAAGUCGCUGGAUUUGCGGAAGCUCAAAGAUGCGGCAUUCAGUUUGCUGUCACGAGGCGGGACGCUGUUUUCUCUCAACCGCAACAAUGCGGUUCUCAACUUUUUGUUGAAUGAGGCCCCGCGAAUGUCUCAGGAGAGCUUUGUUGACUCUAAAAAGGAGUUGGAUGUGGAGCUCAAGCAAGUCUGCGAGCGGUUUGUGCUGGAUGUGACCAAGUCCAUCAUUGCGCCGUUGACCACGUUUUUGACCAAGUCUGCCGCGUUUUUGAAGGUUAAAACAGAUGCUGGCCCGAGCACCGCAGCACUCUCUCUUCGACGACAGCCUUUUGCAUAUCCUGAAAAAAUCAAGCAAAUCGUGAACGAAACGUACAUGUUGCUCAAAGCUCAGCUGGAAUCGACGCAACGCAGCCUGUCGCUCUAUCUCGGCAACGCAGAGACAGAGUACAUUUUGUUCCGACCCAUCAAGAACAAUAUCGAGGAGAGCUACAAGCAGCUGUAUGCCACUGUUCAAGGCGACGACUAUUCGGAGGAAGAUCGGCAAAUUGCCGCCGUUCCCGACAUCAACCAAGUGCGACUCUUCCUCCACCCACCACCAAAAGCCGCGCCCGUGUUUUCUUUCGGAUCGAGCUCUGCCUCUUCUGGUGUGGUUGCUAGCACCAGCAGCACUCUCAGCGGCACUACUGGAGCCGUGGCUGCUCCGCCUUCUGAAGUCGCUUCAACGAGCCCACCUGCUGCCGCAGCCCCACUCUCCUAAACGAUGCCGGCUUCUGUUCUGUCCGCUUCAAGGCGUUGUCUACACGGGUCUAUGCGGUCACC